AUGGGCAUCGCCGAGUCUACCCCGGACGAGCUGCCGUCGGACGCCGAGGAGCAACUGCGCAACGGCGAGCAGCAGCUGGAGCUGAGCGGGAGACGGCUGCGGCGGCUGCCCAGCGCCGUGUGCGCGCUGAGCCGCCUGCAGAAGCUGUACGUGAGCGGCACGGGGCUGCGCGAGCUGCCGGAGGAGAUCGAGGAGCUGCGCGAGCUGCGCAUUCUGGCGCUUGACUUCAACAAACUCGAGCGCCUGCCCGACGGUCUCUGUCGCCUGCCGCGCCUUACGCGCCUGUACCUGGGCAGCAACCGGCUGCUGGCGCUGCCCGCCGACUUCGCGCAGCUGCAGAGCCUGCGCUGCCUCUGGAUCGAGGGCAACUUCCUGCGGCGCUUCCCGCGGCCGUUGUUGCGCCUGGUGGCGCUGCAGUCGCUGCAGAUGGGCGACAACCGGUUGCGCGCGCUGCCCGCGGAGCUGCCGCGCAUGACGGGCCUGCGCGGCCUCUGGCUCUACGGCAACCGCUUCGAGGAAUUCCCGCCCGCGUUGCUGCGCAUGGGCCGCCUGCACAUCCUCGACCUAGACCGCAACCGCCUGGGCGGUUUCCCAGACCUGCACCCGCUGCGCGCCCUGCGCGUCUUCUCCUACGACCACAACCCGGUCACUGGCCCCCCACGGGUGGCCGACACGGUCUUCCUUGUGGGCGAGGGCGCCGUCGAGCGCAUGGCUGAGCGGGACGAACCCACGCCCCGGCCGCCGCCCCGGCGCCCAGCGCGGGCCUUUGAGGAUGAGGAAGAAGAAGACCUGCUCAUAGGGGGCGGUAGCUCCCGGGCUCUGCGGGCCCCCGGGGACAGCCUCCGCGCCCUGGAAGCAGCUCCUGGACUGGGCACCUGA